CUAUAAUUUAAAAUUGUAACGUUGAUUUUCAGCUCUACAGUAAUUGCAGUUUAAACGGCGCUGAAAAUUUGGAGUUGGCAAGGACUUUCAAGAAUAAUAUUCAUAAUGGCUGCUCGAUCCGUCGUUAAAUAUUUACGUCCGAAAAAUGUUGUGCCUCAAAUUCACCGAUGUGCUUCAUUAUCUGCAUUCGAAAUACAACAUAAAACUCCAACUAUUAAGAAAGUGAUGCCUAUACCAAAAGCACAUUACGGUGGUCGACACACUGUUACACUUUUACCUGGUGCUGGUAUUGGACCAGAAUUAAUGACCUACGUAAAAGAGGUUUUCAGAUUUGCAGGUGUGCCAGUAGAUUUUGAAGAUGUAGAAAUUGAUCCUAAUGCAGAUGAUAAUGUUGAUUUGGACUAUGCUAUUACAUCGAUUCGUAGAAAUGGUGUUGCAUUAAAAGGAAAUAUUGAAACACGCAGUACAGAAGCUAGUGUAAUUUCUAGAAAUGUUGCUCUUCGAAAUGAGUUGGAUCUUUAUGUAAAUGUUUUACAUUGUGUGUCAUAUCCAGGAGUAAAUUCGCGCCAUAAGAAUAUUGAUAUUGUUAUUAUCAGACAAAAUACUGAGGGGGAAUAUGCCAUGCUCGAGCAUGAAAGUGUGAAAGGUGUUGUAGAAAGCAUGAAAGUUAUUACAAGCACCAAUUCUGAACGUCUUGCAAGAUACGCAUUUGAAUAUGCUAAACGACAUGGAAGAAAGAAGGUUACCACAGUUCAUAAAGCAAAUAUAAUGAAACUCUCUGAUGGAUUAUUUUUAGAAACAUCGAAAAAUGUUGCAAAAGAAUAUCCAGAUAUUACCCACAAUAACAUGAUUAUCGAUAAUACAUGUAUGCAACUUGUUGCCAACCCACAUCAGUUUGAUAUUAUAUUAACAACCAAUCUAUAUGGUUCAAUUGUAUCGAAUGUAGUCUGCGGUUUAUUAGGCGGUGCUGGAUUAUUAUCUGGAAAAAAUUUUGGUGACCAUUAUACAAUAUUUGAACCAGGUACUCGUAACACAGGUACAGCCAUUGCUGGAAAAAAUAUUGCUAAUCCUAUUGCAAUGUUAAAUGCAGCUGUUGAUAUGUUACGUCACCUUGGACAUAAGGAACAUGCUGUUUUAAUUCAGAAUGCAAUCAAUAAAACUAUUAACCAAGGUAUUCAUACUCGUGAUCUUGGUGGCCAAGCUACGAGCAGAGAAGUUGUCGAUACAAUUUUGAAACACAUUAAACUUGCAUCUAAUUAAGACUGACAAAAAAUAUUUUGUUAGGUUAAUAUCUGUAGAGACAUACUGCUGAAUUUUGCUCUUUAGCAAGGAUAUUCCGUUGUUUGUUGGUAAAAUGUAUUAUUUUAUUGCUGUGAUCGACUACAGUCAUUAUAUUUUUUAAUUUAUUGAAAUUCUAUAAAAUUACGUAAAUUGCACAAAACUCUGCAAAAUAAUUUGUAAGUAAAGCGACAAAUGCAACUCGUGUAACAUAUUAAUAUUUUAUGUAAUAUGACGUAUAAUGAAUUAUUAAGAUCAAAACUUUGUAAAAUGUACAUUGUAAGUAUUAGUAUUAUAUACAGUUGUUCAAAUAUUGUAAUUAUCCUUAUAGGAUCUAUUUCAGAUGUAAACCAUUUUUUUUUGUU